UAUUCUGCUUUACGCCCCGCAUUCUCUCUCUCUAACUGACAAACAGCCAGCCGCCUCUCUUUUCUCGUUCCUCUUCGCUCUCUCUCUCUCAAAAUUAUCUCUUAUAAUCAGAAAAGUUAAAUAAAUAGUUGCCAUCACCAUUCAUUUAACGAUUGUCUUCUCCAGUGGCAGUGAUCUGGUGCGGUGAGGAAAACAAUGAAGUUCUGGAAGAGUUUAAGUAAUUUAAUGGAGGAAACGUUGCCAGAUUGGAGAGAUAAGUUCUUAUCUUAUAAAGAUCUGAAGAAACAAUUGAAGUUAAUUUAUCCCAAGGAGGGUGAUAAGCCACUGAAUAAACGGCCUAGAUUGGAUGAUGAUCAAAUGGAAAGUGGUGAGGUGGAGAAGGAGGUAAUUGAUUUUGUUAGGGUUUUGGAAGAUGAGAUGGAGAAGUUCAAUUCUUUUAUUGUCGAGAAAGAAGAGGAUUAUGUUAUCAAAUGGAAGGAGCUACAAGAUAGAGCAGAAAAGGUGAAGGAUUCAAAUGAAGAGCUGAUGAAAGUAGGGAGGGAGAUAGUGGAUUUUCAUGGAGAGAUGGUGUUGUUGGAGAAUUACAGUGCCCUUAACUAUACAGGACUAGUGAAGAUACUGAAGAAAUAUGAUAAGAGAACUGGAGCUCUGGUCCGCAUGCCCUUCAUCCAAAGGAUUAUGCAACAGCCAUUCUACACAACUCAUGUACUUAACAAGCUUAUUAAGGCGUGUGAGACGAUGCUGGAUCAUAUUUUCUCUAGAAAAGAACCAUCAGUCUCUCCUCAAAUAACUGAUGAGACAAGCGGCCUUGAUACCGAAACUUCAACUGAGAGUUCAGAGAGGUCGCUCAGAGUUCCCAGCGAACUCCCAGAGAUAGAGUAUAUGGAAAGCAUGUACGUGAAGCUAACACUGUCAGCACUUCGCGUCUUGAAGGAUAUUCGGAGUGGAAGCUCAACUGUAAGCGUGUAUUCAUUGCCCCCUUUGCAAGUUAAUACACAGGAGGGGGAUUGGAAGAAAGUUAAUGUCUUGGAACAAGCAGCCAAAUAGACUUCUUCAUACUGUUUUUCGAGAAAAUCAGAAAAGCUAACUUGUUAAUUUCUCAUCGUCUUAUAUUAUACACAUGGAUUCUGAUACCGUGACAUUGGUGUGCUUAAAUCAUAGCUUAGUGACUCUUCAUUUUAUUCCUGUAAAUUCUUAAAUAUUAGAAGGAUGCCCUGCUAUUUGUUUUUUUGUGGAAUAAAAAUUUGGUUGUGACUUUA